AUGGCCGCUCGCGACGAGUGCUACAGCCCGCUGAGCUACAGCCCCCUCAGCAGCCCCGUAUCCAGACACUACUUUAACGAUGAUGGGAGCGAAGCUACAGCCGGCGGGCACUACCGGAAAGACUCGGGGCAAUUAUUAGACGAAGCGUGGGAGACCCUGGCGGACGAAACUCCGCUCUCUGUUCCCCCCCAGCACGACAUUGUCCCCCGAUCGCGCAGCAGCACGUCUCCGCUGCACUCGCGCCCGGGGGGAACCUCGUCCAAGAUCAGCGAAUCUGACUUGCGAAACUUCGCAAAUUUCGUCAAGACCAAGACGGUUACGGAGUCCGCGGGUGGGGGAAGCGGCCGCUCGUCGAGCGGGGGAAGCAGCGGCGGGGCCGGAAAGGACGGAGGUGGAAAAUUUCAGCGCCUAUGGUCGUUCCGGAACGGCGCGCGCGGGGCGGAAGAAGGGGGAGAUGGAGGAGGCGGAGGGACAGGGGGAACCGGCACCGGAGGAAGCGGCACGACGGGGAGCGCGGAAAGCAGGAGCGGGGGAAGCGGGAAGAAGGAGCGGUUUCUUGAGCAGGAUCCCCGCAGCGGCAGCGCGGGGAAGACGCGGAGCGAUUCCGCGGGGAAAUCGCGGAACAGCAACCGGGAUAGCGUGAGGGGGGAAGCGAGCAGCGACGCCGCCGAUAAUGGUGCAGAACAGCGCAGCAUCAGCUUUGCCGCCAGCAGCGGCAGUGCCGGUAGCGGCUGCGGCGGUGGCAGCGGUGGCGCUAACUCUUCUCCUAUUAACGCUCGCCCUAGAUCGCCUGCAUUUCCGCGGCCUAGGUCCCCGAUUUGCGCGCCUUCGCGCGCAGCUGCAGCGCCAGCUCCGCCGCCAAAGGUGGCAUAUUUCUCGUUCGACCGGCACCGGGAAGCGGUGGCGGAAGCGGAGCAGCUGGACGCGGAAGAAGAGGCGGCGUCCCGCCAGGGGCGGAGGAGGGAAGCCUUUAAAAGCGCGAGCGUUGGUUCGAGUAGCGGCUUUAGCGCGGGUGGAGGCGCAGGGGAUGGUGGGAACGCGAACGGGGCUGGCGGUGGUGUGGGAUGGCCCGGGGAAAUUGGCGGAAACGCGGAGGGAAGCGCGCAAGUGUUGCGCCGAGGAGCGAAGGGGGGGAGUUUCGAAAGCAUGGCGCAGGCGGGGCCGAUUGGGUGUGCGGGCGAGUUCGGUAGCGGGCGGCGGAGCGGGGUUGCGCGGGGAGCAAAGGGGGAAGGCAGCGCGCGCGCGUGGGAAGUGACGAUUACGCAGGACGGUGACUAUGGCGAGGGGAAGGAGGACGAGCGCGAGUUGACUCCCACGAGAGACGCUUCGUCAAAGCAUCGACGAGGAUUCAGGCUAUCCCCAUCUUCCUACCACACUCCCCUCCCUCCCCAGCAGGAGUCGCUCCUUCAGUGGAAUUGGCACUCUCAACAGGAUUAA